UUGCCUUGCAGAAUUUUGGGUUACACCGAUAUUUAUUGUUCUAAGAUAAAAGGCUUAAUGCAUGUCAUGACAGAUACGAUUCAAAGUGUAAUACACUCCUUUGUGGAAAAAUAUGACACUGCUUCUAACGUAAAAGACACUCCUUGUGGAAAAAAUAAGACGUUGCCCAAAUUUCCUUUUCCAGUACCUGAAAAUAAGAGAAAAAGGUAGCUCAAGUAUAAAUAAGGACACACAAACCAUCGUUUUUGACAAAGCAACAUCGCAAACAAAAAUAAUGUCUUCAUCAAACUUCUUAUUUUUCUCUCUUGUUCUACUAAUCAUCACACUCUCCCCCAUACCAAAUUCUGCUUCUGCUUCUGCUUCUUUGAAGGAAGCCAAUGUUCUUCUUAAAUGGAAAACAAGCCUUCAAAUCCCAAACAACUCCUUGCUCUCUUCAUGGAUUCCCCUCCCUAUGAAUUCCAGUGCAUCAAUUCCGUGCACUUCUUGGCUGGGAGUAGUUUGCAAUGCUGAUUGGAGAAUUCAGAGGUUGAACCUCAGUUCAUCUGACUUAAAAGGUACACUCCACCAAUUUCCAUUCUCUUUGCUACAAAAUCUUACACAUCUUGAUCUCGGUAUAAACAACUUCUUUGGCCCCAUUCCACCAGAAAUUAGCCUCCUGUCCAAACUUGUCUAUCUUGAUCUUUCAGAGAAUAAGUUUUCUGGAGUAAUCCCACCUGAAAUUGGAAACCUGCACCAGCUAACCAUCUUAUACCUAUCCUCAAACAAUAUAUAUGGCUCCAUUCCUUCAUCAUUAGGUGAUUUAACAUCUUUGACUGCCCUUUAUUUGCACAAAAAUCAACUCUCAGGUCCCAUUCCUGUUGAACUUGGGAAUUUGAGGUCUCUCACUGGUUUAGCCAUGUACUCCAAUCAACUUAGUGGUUAUAUUCCUUCAUCUUUAGGUGAUUUAACAUCUUUGGAUGUCCUUUAUUUGCACGAAAAUCAACUCUCUGGUCCCAUUCCUGUUGAACUUGGGAAUUUGAGGUCUCUCACUGGUCUAGCCAUGUACUCCAAUCAACUUAGUGGUUCUAUUCCUUCAUCAUUGGGUGAGUUGACAUCUUUGAACAUCCUUUAUUUGUACAACAAUCAACUCUCUGGUCCCAUACCAAUUGAACUUGGGAAUUUGAAAUCUCUUGCUAAUCUUUCGUUAAGAGACAAUCAGCUUAGUGGUUCUAUUCCGUCCUCAUUGGGUGAGUUGACAUCUUUGAAAAUCCUUUAUUUGUACAAAAAUCAACUCUCUGGUCUCAUUCCUGUUGAACUUGGGAAUUUGAGGUCUCUCAUUGGUCUAGGCAUGUACUACAAUCAACUUAGCGGUUCUAUUCCUUCAUCAUUGGGUGAGUUGACAUCUUUGAACAUCCUUUAUUUGUACAACAAUCAACUCUCUGGUCCCAUACCAAUUGAACUUGGGAAUUUGAAAUCUCUUGCUAAUCUUUCGUUAAACGACAAUCAGCUUAGUGGUUCUAUUCCGUCCUCAUUGGGUGAUUUGACAUUUUUGACUGACCUUUAUUUGGGCCAAAAUCAACUCUCUGGUUCCAUUCCUAUUGAACUUGGGAAUUUAAAGUCUCUCACUGAUCUUGAGGUGAGCUACAAUCAACUUAGUGGUUCUAUUCCAUCAACAUUAGGUCAUUUGACAUCUUUGAAUGUCCUUCGUUUGAACCAAAAUCAACUUUCUGGUCCCAUUCCUGCUGAGCUCGGGAAUUUGAAGUUUCUCACUGUUCUUGAUAUGAGUCACAAUCAUCUUAGUGGUUCUAUUCCUUCAUCACUAGCAAACCUUAGCAACCUACAGAUUUUGUACCUUUAUGAGAAUAGAUUAUCUGGUCCAAUUCCUACUGAACUUGGGAAUUUAAAGUCUCUCGUUGAUCUUGAGGUGAGUUACAAUCAACUGAGUGGUUCUAUUCCAUCAACAUUGAGUCAGUUGACAUCUUUGAAUUACCUUUAUUUGCACCACAAUCAACUCUCUGGUCCCAUUCCUACUGAACUUGGGAAAUUGAAUUCUCUUUUGUAUCUUGAGCUGAGCGUAAAUCGACUUAGUGGUUCUAUUCCUUCAUCAUUAGCAAACCUGAGCAACCUACAGGAUCUGGACCUACGUGUGAAUAAACUUUCUGGUAGUAUUCCACAAGGAUUAGGAAGUCUAGACUUGACUCGCCUUCAACUAAAUGGAAAUCAAUUGUCUGGUCAUUUGCCUGAAGAUUUGUGCUAUGGGGGGAAGCUUCAGAAUUUCACGGUACAUGAUAAUCAACUAACUGGUCCUAUUCCAAGAGGCUUAAGAAAUUGUGCUAGCUUAAUAAGAGCUGAUUUUAGUCAUAAUCAAUUCAUUGGAGAUAUAUCAAAUAGCUUUGGGAUAUAUCCUAGCUUAUAUUCCCUUAGUAUCAGUCACAAUAAAUUUCACGGGCAGCUUUCUCAAAACUGGAGUAAAUGUAAGAAUUUGACAUCCUUAGUGAUGGCUUAUAACAACAUCAGUGGUAGCAUCCCACCAGAGUUUGGAAAUUCAACUCAACUACAAAAGCUUAUACUCUCUUCAAAUCAUUUGACUAGUGAGAUCCCAAAGGAGUUUGGGAAGAUGAAAAGGAUGCUGAAAUUGUACUUGUCUGAUAACCAACUUUCAGGUAUUAUACCGCCGGAGUUCGGAAUGUAUGAACUCCUUGAAGAACUCGAUCUCUCUAGAAAUAGAUUGAAUGGGUCGAUACCAAAAAGUAUUGGUCAUUGGGAACACAUCCACAACUUGAAUCUUAGUAACAACAAGCUCAGUGAGAAAAUUCCAUCCGAGAUUGGUAAAUUACUUCAACUUAAUGAACUUGAUUUAUCACAGAAUUUGCUCACAGAAGAGAUACCAUCUGAAGUUCAAAGUUUGCAAAGUUUGCAAAAACUGGAUCUUUCUCACAAUCGACUAUCUGGUUCUAUUCCUGAAGCUUUUACAAGUUUGCCUCACGGGAUUGAUAUCAACCUUUCUUACAAUGAGCUCUCAGGUCCAGUUCCCCAAAGCCCCAACUUUGUGAAUGCGUCCAUACAAGGCAAUCCAGGUUUGUGUGGAAAUGUUACGGGGGUGAAACUUUGUGCAAGUCAACUUAUGAAGAAGAAAAAAGAUCUCUUCCAUCAUCAGCUCAUCCUUGUAAUUAUGCUCCCUCUUAUUGGGGCAAUUUUACUUGGUUCUUUCAUGUGUGGUCUCAUUGCUUAUCGGAAACAAAAGAGUCAUUCUCCACAGAAACCAUUGAACAAAGAAAGUGGUGAUUAUUUCACCAUUACAAGUUUUGAUGGAAAAGUAGUGUAUGAUGAUGUCCUGAAGGCAACAAAUGAUUUCGAUGAAGCAUAUUGUAUUGGGACUGGAGGAUAUGGUAUUGUUUACAAAGCCGAGCUACAACCUAACAUUUUUGUAGCUGUCAAGAAACUUCAUUCAUCAUCUGAGAAUGUUGAUCAUAAUGGAUUCCUUAAUGAGAUACGAGCAUUAACGAACAUAAGACAUCGGAACAUAGUGAAACUUUAUGGAUAUUGCUCCCAUGCUCGCCACUCAUUUUUGAUUUAUGAAUACCUUGAAAAGGGAAGCCUUGGAUCAUUCUUAAGAAGUGAUGUUUUAGUACAAGAACUGGAUUGGUUGAAAAGGGUAAAUAUUGUAAAGGCUGUAGCUAAUGGUUUGGCUUAUAUGCAUCACGAUUGCACACCACCUAUAAUUCAUAGAGACAUUUCCAUUGCCAACAUCCUUCUUGAUUCUGAUUAUGAGGCGCAUAUUUCUGAUUUUGGCACAUCCAAGCUUUUAAAGCUAGACUCAUCCAAUUGGACUGCAAUUGCUGGUACCUAUGGUUAUAUCGCACCAGAGCUUGCUUAUACAAUGGUGGCAACCGAGAAAUGUGAUGUGUAUAGCUUUGGGAUUGUUGCACUAGAAGUGAUUAUGGGAAAGCAUCCCGGUGAACUGCCAACAUUGUCUGCGGAUUAUCUGGUGUUAUCAAAUGUAGGAGAUAGUCGGAUUCCACUUCCUUCACCACAAGUUGAGAAACAAGUAAAUUUGGUACUCAAUCUCGCAAGAGCAUGUUUGAACUCAAAUCCAAAAGAAAGGCCAACAAUGCGCCAAGUUUCAAAUCAGUUCAUGAAGGAUCUGCUUUUAAUUGACAUCUCUGGUUCCCUGAUACUGUGUACUUCCAAUGUGUAAUUUUCUUAAGUUUCUUAUGAUGCAUCCUGAUUAUAUGUAUUAUUUUGAAUGCCUAAUGGUUAAAAACAUUUCAUAUGUUUUAUAGCACCCUGUAGUAUAGCUAUAAUGUGGAGAUUUGUAUACUGUGUAUGUGAUCCUGUUUGAGCAAAGA